CUCUUAAAAAAAGCCCAUUAUUUUCCUUUGUCUCUCUCUUUCUCUUAUUCGCUUCUUUCAAUUUAGGGCAAAACUCGAACUCGCUCCUUUUGACUCACAAGCCAUAAAAUCUCUAUUUCCAUCGCUGAUCUGCCUCUAAGGCUGUAGGUCAAUUAUUUAUUGGGAAAAGUUUUUUGAUCAGUUGCCUUCUAUACCUUGACCCAAGACAAAGAACAGAAGCUCCUCAGCAAGGAAUGAUUUUUUGCAUGAACUUUUGACAUUUAUGCAAUGUCGGGUUUACUUAAUUCUUCGCUUAACAGUUCAGCUUCAAAUCUUCCAGACAGCACUGGACGUUCUUUUGCUACUUCUUUCUCUGGUCAGUCUGGUGCAGCAUCUCCUGUUUUUCAUCAUACUGGUACUAUUCAAGGCCUACAUAAUAUCCAUGGGAGCUUUAAUGUUCCCAACAUGCCUGGUACCCUCACAUCAAGGAACACAGCAGUAAAUAAUAUUCCUUCCGGUGGAGUUCAACAACCUACCGGAAGCCUCUCUAGUGGGCGCUUUGCAUCUAAUAAUCUUCCUGUUGCUCUCUCUCAGUUAUCUCAUGGUAGCUCUCAUGGACAUUCAGGAGUCACGAAUAGAGGAGGUAUAAGUGUUGUAGGGAACCCUGGAUUUAGUAGUAACACAAAUGGAGUUGGAGGUUCUAUUCCUGGAAUUCUUCCCACCUCUGCUGGUAUUGGUAACCGGAAUGCUGUGCCAGGAUUGGGAGUAUCGCCAAUUUUGGGGAAUGCAGGUCCUCGGAUUACAAGUUCUAUGGGAAACAUGGUUGGCGGGGGUAACAUCGGCAGGAGCAUAAGCUCAGGUGGAGCAUUAUCCGUGCCUGGUCUAUCUCGGUUAAAUCUAAGUGCUAAUAGCGGAUCUGGAAGUUUAAGCGUCCAAGGACAAAAUAGAUUAAUGGGUGGUGUGCUUCCACAAGGAUCUCCGCAGGUAAUUUCUAUGUUGGGAAAUUCCUAUCCCACUGCUGGUGGUCCUCUUUCGCAAAGCCAUGUCCAAGCAGUGAACAAUCUUAGCUCCAUGGGAAUGUUGAAUGAUGUCAACUCCAAUGACAGUUCUCCGUUUGACAUAAAUAAUGAUUUCCCUCAGUUGACAAGUCGCCCUAGUUCUGCUGGAGGUCCACAAGGACAAUUGGGUUCAUUAAGAAAACAAGGUCUUGGAGUUAGCCCUAUUGUUCAGCAAAACCAAGAGUUCAGCAUCCAAAAUGAAGAUUUUCCAGCUUUACCAGGAUUUAAAGGUGGUAAUGCUGAUUACACAAUGGAUUUGCAUCAAAAAGAACAACUGCAUGACAAUACUAUAUCAAUGAUGCAAUCUCAGCACUUCCCUAUGGGCAGAUCUUCUGGAUUCAACUUAGGUGGAACUUAUUCAUCUUAUCGUCCACAGCAGCAACAGCAACAUGCUCCAGCUGUCAGUAGUAGUGGUGUCUCCUUUUCAUCUGUAAACAAUCAAGAUCUUCUUCAUGGUUCAGAUAUAUUUCCAUCUUCACAUUCAACCUAUCACUCGCAGACCAAUGGACCACCUGGAAUCGGACUGAGACCUCUAAACUCACCAAAUACUGUUUCGGGUAUUGGAUCGUAUGACCAGCUCAUCCAGCAAUAUCAACAACACCAGAACCAGUCUCAGUUCCGUUUACAACAAAUGUCAGCUGUCAACCAGUCAUUUAGGGAUCAGAGCAUGAAAACCAUGCAGACUGCACAAUCUGCUCCAGAUCCAUUUGGCUUACUUGGCUUGCUAAGCGUUAUUAGGAUGAGUGACCCUGAUCUGACCUCCCUGGCACUUGGAAUUGAUUUAACAACUCUUGGAUUAAAUUUGAAUGCAGCAGAAAAUCUUCACAAGACAUUUGGUUCUCCAUGGUCUGAUGAGCCCGCUAAGGGUGAUCCAGAGUUUAGUGUGCCUCAAUGCUAUUAUGCGAAACAACCUCCUGCUCUACAUCAAGGCUACUUUGCGAAAUUCACGGUUGAAACAUUGUUUUAUAUAUUUUACAGCAUGCCAAAAGACGAGGCUCAAUUAUAUGCUGCAAAUGAACUUUAUAACAGAGGUUGGUUUUAUCACAAAGAGCACCGAUUGUGGUUCAUAAGAGUUCCCAAUGUAGAGCCACUUGUUAAGACAAACACAUAUGAGAGAGGAUCUUACCACUGUUUCGAUCCAAACACAUUUGAAAUAAUCCGCAAGGAUAAUUUUGUUGUUCAUUACGAGGUAUUGGAAAAGAGACCGGCUCUACCUCAACAUUAACAAGUUUUUCCAUUUGCAAUUUAUUAGCCAAUUUAGCAAUACAACCCAUCUUAGUAAACUGAAGAUGACAAAAUCUAAACACAACAGCUUCAGCUUGCUGUGAAAUAACUAUACCUAUUAGCUGGUUUCCGCCUGCCUGUAAACUUCGUCCGACCAUUUCAUAGUGCAGGUUUGUGGUUUUGCAGGAUUCAACAAUAAAUAAAAUUGAAGGUUCUGAUUU